GACCGACCCAUCUCUGGAGGAAAGAGAUUCCAUGAUUACACCCCGUUGAACGCAAAGGUAGCCGAGGUUCUGGUAGCUAUGGAAAAGAGGAUAGAUGAGAAAGACGUGACGUGGCCCAGGUCGAGGUUCGAAGGGCCCACCCAACCGAAGUCGAGGAGAUACUGCCGCUUCCACAAAGACUAUGGCCACACUACUGAGGAUUGUCGGCACCUCAAGGACGAAAUUGAACGCCUCAUUCGAGCAGGACACCUCAAGGAGUUUGUUUAUCAGGACAAGGGAAGGAAGAAGGAGAAGAGAAGGUGUCGGGAGGACUCGGUAGAGAGGAGUGAGGAAGAUGAUGAUGAGGAUGCACGAGGUGGUCGAUAUGGUCGAAAACGAGAUGAGGGAAAGAGGAGGCGAGGAAGUAGAGAGCGGGAAAGAGAAGGGGAUGAAGGCCAGGUGAAGAGAGGCACGAUAUAUAUGAUCUCGGGAGGACCGACGGACGGGGACUCAAACAAUGCGAGGAAAGGUCACGUUCGAGCAAUGAAGAGGAAAAGGGAGGAGGUGAGUAUCACGGCCCGAAUGCCGGUGAUAAGUUUUAAAGCGGAGGAUGCCGAAGGAGUGGUCCUGCCACAUAAUGAUGCUUUGGUGAUAACCGCAGAGGUCGCAGGAUUUGAUGUGAAGAGGGUGUUCAUUGAUACCGGGAGUUCGGUAGAUGUGAUGUUUUACGACUGUUUUGUACAGAUCAAUAGGGAGCUGAAUAUGGACCUGAAACCGGUAACCACGGCGCUGUACGGUUUUAAUGGAGGAGAGGUUAUGCCGAUGGGAGAAGUCAGCCUGCCCGUGGCAUUGGGAGCAGGAGAACUGAGAAAGGUGCGCAUGGUGAGAUUCGUGGUCGUAGGCGCUGAGUCAUCCUAUAACAUCAUCAUGGGACGAACGAGCUUGAACGCAUUCCAGGCGGUCGUAUCCACGUACCACAUGACGAUCAAAUAUCCGGUGGGCGAAAACGUAGGGGAGAUCGCCGGGGAUCAGCUCACUUCAAGAAGUUGCUAUCAAACAACAGUCAGCAAUAACAGACAAUUGGCGAAAAGGCAGGCCGAGUCAGGAGGGGGAUCAAGGUCGAAGGAAAACAGGCAAAAGGUGGAGAAGGGCAAGGAGAAAAUGGAUAUCCAACCCGGAGAGGAAGUCGAGGAGGUUCAGAUGAUUGAAGGGUGUGAAAAGAGAAAGUUUAGGAUAGGAAGGGACUUGGGAGAGCCGGUUCGGUCGAGGCUGAUCCAGUUGGUGAGGGAGUUCGCGGAUAUUUUUGCCUACACGGCAGAGGAGCUGACGGGGAUAAGUGCGGAGGUGAUUGAGCAUCGGCUGAACAUCGACCUCAGCGUGAGGCCGGUGAAGCAGAAGAGAAGGCAUCAUGGGGCGGAGAUGGAUAAGAUUAUCGAGCAGGAAGUCGAGAAGCUAUUGGGAGCACGACACAUUAAGGAGAUUCAGUUCCCCGAAUGGCUCUCAAACACGGUGAUGGUGUCGAAAGCGGAAGGGAAGUGGAGGAUGUGCAUUGAUUUUCGUGAUCUAAACAAAGCAUGCCCGAAGGAUUUAUAUCCGCUUCCUAGGAUCGACCAGCUCGUCGACUCCACGGCAGGUUGUGAGCUGCUUAGUUUGAUGGACGCAUCCCAAGGGUAUCAUCAGAUCCCGCUGGCUCGCGAGGACUGGAAGAGGGUCAGCUUUGUGACAAGUCGGGGAACAUACUGCUAUGUGGUGAUGCCCUUCGGUCUAAAGAAUGCGGGGGCGACGUAUCAGAGGUUGGUGGAUAAAAUCUUUAAGGAGCAGCUGGGAAGAAACAUGGAGGUGUACGUGGAUGAUAUGCUGGUGAAGAGCAAAGAUGAGAUUGACCAUGUGAACGACUUAAAAGAAACAUUCAUGACCCUCCGGAAGUAUGGGAUGAAGUUGAAUCCCGCUAAGUGCUCGUUCGGGGUCAAAUCUGGAAAAUUCCUGGGCUAUAUGGUCACAAGGAGGGGGAUCGAGGUCAACCCAGAGAAAGUGAGGGCGGUCAUCGAGAUGCAGCCCCCCACGAAGGUGAAGGAAGUGCAGAUCUUAACUGGCCGAAUAGCGGGUCUGAGCCGUUUUAUUUCCAAGGUGGCUGAGAAAAGCGGGCCCCUAUUUAAGACACUCCGGAAGAGCUUGAAGUUUCAAUGGACAGAAGAGGCGCAGAAAGCGUUCGAGGAGUUGAAGAGGAUGUUGGUCGAUCUGCCACUGUUAGCAAAGCCGGCGCAAGGGGAGGACUUGGUGUUAUAUAUAUCCAUCGGUGAGGCGGCAGUGAGCUCUGUGUUAUUGCGGGAGGAAGGAGCAGCCCAAUUUCCUAUUUACUACGUAAGUAAGGUGAUGCAAGGGGCGGAAAGGAGGUACUCAGAGAUCGAAAAGGGGGCCUUGGCAGUGGUGGUCACUGUAAGGAAGCUAAGAAUAUAUUUUUUGGAACAUAGGGUGAAGGUCCGAACGAACAUGCCAUUGGGAGAGACGCUGGGUCGACCUUCCGUGUCGGGGCGUUUAGUCAAAUGGGCGGUCGAGUUAAGUGAAUACGCAAUUGUCUACGAGCCAAGGAGAGCGAUUAAGGCCCAAGCGUUGGCUGACUUUAUUCAAGAGGGGACGAAGGAAGGUGAGGAGCUCGAGGGGGUAUGGAAAGU